AUGCCCGCAGCCGUCAUUUUAGACAGGCAGUUUCUCGGCGAUCAGUACCAGCCAAUACUCGACGAAUUGAAGGAUUAUAUAAAGGAGUUGGCGAGGGUUGAGCUGAAGCAUGGCGGAGUGGUAGUCCAUUACUAUUCUUGGACCUCUAUUAACAUCAAAAAAGUGUUCAGCGUUGCUUCCUGCGAAGACACCUGGACUUUGUUCUCCCGCGCCGUCGAGGAAGAGCUCCUGUUGGUCGCAUUGACGGAGGCCGGCUGUCCGAGGUUGCCAGCAGACGCGGCGGUGACCGUCACCUACACCGAAGCCGGCCAGGAGCUGCCACAGAUUAUACUAGACCUGAGGGCAGAGCGGGCUUUCAACUGGAAGUCCGCCGUCAUACUGCACGACGAUGCGUUAAACAUGGAGACGAUAUCCCGAGUGGUUCAGUCCAUGACAUCUCAAGUGGUUAACGGGAUGGUGCCAUCUGUGUCCGUCGCCGUGUACAAAAUGAAGUACAUGACAAACGAGUACCUGAAGAAGAAGGAAAUCCAUCGAGUACUGUCCAAAUUGCCAGUGAAAAAAAUUGGGGAGAAUUAUAUGGUGAUAGUUAAAUCGGACGUAAUGCCAGUGAUAGCGGAGAGCGCUCGCCAUCUUCAGAUGUCACACACCCAGGCACAGUGGCUAUACAUUUUACCCGAUACGAGCGUCCGCAACAGAAGCUUCGAGAACCUGAUUGACAGUUUACACGAGGGUGAAAACGUUGCAUAUCUCUUCAACGUUACGGACGAUCACCCAGAGUGCAAGAACGGGAUGAUGUGCUAUUGCAAGGAGAUCAUGGACGCUUUCGUAUCGGCUUUGGAUUCGGCUGUGCAGGAGGAAUUCGACGUGGCCGCUCAAGUCUCCGACGAGGAGUGGGAGGCGAUCAGGCCGACGAAACUGCAGAGGAGGGACGCGCUAGUGAAGCACGUCAAGCAACACAUACAAGCCAACAGCAAGUGCGGGAACUGUAGCUCUUGGAGGGCGUUGGCUGCCGACACUUGGGGCGCCACCUACCGGCAGCACGCCGACAAAGCGGUAACAGUUGAUAGUGACGUUAACACAACAAACGGAGUAAUAGAGGAUGUUCAACUGUUGCAAGUGGGAACGUGGAGAUCCAUCGACGGGAUGAGGUUUAACGACGCCCUGUUUCCUCACAUCGCGCAUGGAUUUCGCGGGAAGGAGUUACCAAUCAUAACGUAUCAUAUGAUUCACAGCCAAAGCGCUAAAUUGACAAUGGCGGCGGUUGCCAAGGGUUUGGCGGCAUUGGGCGCCGCGCCGUUUAGUGUUCUGCCAGAUCCGAUGCCAGGUAUAAAUUACACAUUAGCCGUGAGUACGCAAGCCUACGCUUUCCUCAUCGCCCGACCGAGAGAGUUGAGCAGAGCUAUGUUGUUCCUGCUGCCUUUUACCACCGACACGUGGCUGUGUCUGGGUUUCGCAGUGGUUCUCAUGGGGCCCACAUUGUACGUAGUACACCGACUCAGCCCUUACUACGAGGCAAUGGAAAUAACACGACAGGGAGGCCUAUCGACGAUUCACAACUGCCUCUGGUACAUUUACGGUGCACUGUUGCAACAGGGUGGAAUGUAUCUCCCUAGAGCGGACAGUGGCCGCUUAGUGGUGGGCACUUGGUGGAUCGUGGUGUUGGUCGUGGUGACGACGUAUUCCGGAAACCUCGUCGCAUUCCUCACGUUCCCAAAGCAGGAGCUUCCGGUGACAACCAUUGCUGAUUUGUUGGAGAACAAGGAUGUGUACACAUGGUCGAUUAACAAGGGCUCUUAUUUAGAGAUGGAGUUGAAGAAUUCUGACGUACCAAAAUACAUAUCGCUGUUAAAAGGUGCGGAAUUAAUAAUAAACAAUGAGAAUGCUGAAAAGAAUCCAAAAUCAGAUUCGUCCAUCCUCGAACGGGUGCGCAAACGGAGACACGUGAUCAUCGAUUGGAAGAUGCGUUUGAGCUACGUCAUGCGGGCGGCGACCCUGGCUACGGACAGAUGCGACUUUACUGUCAGUGCAGAAGAGUUUAUGGAUGAAAAGGUUGCGAUGAUCAUGCCCGCUGGCAGUCCAUAUCUUCCAGUCAUAAACGAGGAGUUAAGUCGCAUGCACAAAGCGGGACUGAUAGAGAAGUGGCUGGCCGAGCGGCUCCCUCAGAGAGACCGCUGCUGGAGGAGUGGCACGGCCGGACAACAGAUCGACAACCACACGGUGAACCUGCGCGAUAUGCAGGGCUCAUUCUUCGUUCUAUUUCUGGGUAUAUUUACAGCGUUCAUGGUACUCUUCAUGGAGCACAUGUAUAAGAAACGAAAGAAUAGAAAAGACAGUGAUAUUAUAAAACCCUAUACCGAA